CCGGAAGACCCAGAACAAAACCCAUAUGAGCUGCUUGGGAUCUUACAGGAGGCUACCGAAGCCGAAAUUAGGACAGCCUAUCGAACCCGCUCACUAAAAGUCCACCCAGACAGAAACAGAAAUGACCCUAAUGCAGCUCAGAAAUUUCAUGCAUUGACAACCGCCUCCACCCUCCUCCUCGAUCCGCUCCGCCGUCUCGCGCUCGAUGCACAACUCCGUUUGCAAGCUGCCAAGAAGCAGCGUUUCGCAUCUUAUGAUAAUAAGCGUAGGGCGAUGGUCUCUGAGCUGGAGGAGCGGGAGCAAGAGUUCAAGAAGGCGCGAAUGGCCAAGGAGAAGGAGAGGACUGCGAGGGAGAGCGAAAACUCGAGGAUUCGCGAGGAGGGGCGACGAAUGCGGGAGGAGAGGGAGAAGGAGCUCGAGCUGCAGGAAUUGGAACGUCGAUGUGCGAGGUCGAACGGAACUGUUGAAGAAGACUCCCUCGCUCCACCGCCUCCUGGCGAUUUGGAUACCACGAUCCGUGUCAAAUAUGCUCUGUCAUCACAUCCUGCGCUUUCCACAGCAUUUGCACUCGCUGCCCACCUUCGACGGUAUGGUGAGAUUGAUGAAGGGAUGGUGGUGAUGUCGCAGAAAGCCAAGAAGUCGAAAAAGUCGAAGGGACUCAUGAUAGUGACCGCGCUGGUGCCUUUCAAUCAGUUGGGUGCUGCAUUUGCUGUGGUAUCGAGCGCUGAAUCGCUGAAAGAUCGGGGCAUGGAAGUGGCAUGGGCAGGCGGAUCUGAACCUCCGAUACUGGGCUGGCUUCGCGAACGUGGAGAACUCGGAGGUUCCGCAGCCAAGCGGGUUGAAUUGCUCCCAACAAAGACUGCUCCGGAGGGGACGACGUUCAAUUCGUUUCCCUCGAGUUUUGUAGGUCUGGUUGACUCGGUCAAUUUAUUCAAAUCACUAAUUUUUCUGUUUGGUAAGCCUGCUUUUGAUGAUGUGGCACCACCGCCACCUCCUACUGUGAAGGCGGGGAUGGACUACGAAUCGUUGACGCUCCUCCGCAUGCGUGAAGCUGAGCGUGCGCGCUUAGAGAAGGAGAUAUUGGAAGCAGAAGCUACUGAGGGCGGUUAGCCUUGCUUUGCGGCACCCGAAAUGGACAGGAACUUGUAUUAAGUAUUUCUGAACUCCUUCGGGUUGGCAGUAUAAGUCUGCUCAUGAAUCAUGAGUUAUUUCUUAUAGCUGUUGACCUCCGUUGCCUUGGUACUCGAGCGGCUUGUGAGCAGUUAGGAAUAUCUUAAACCUCCAUGGCGCCAAGA